AUGGCGCCGCCCGGGUCGCGACGGUGGGCGUACGUGUGGAUCAUGGCCGGCACCAUCGUCGGCGGCGGCCUCGGCUUCUACGUCAUGCUCCGCAUCGAGACCUCCUACAAGGUGAGGAUGGAGGAGAGGCUGCGUCGAUGGCAAGCUGGAGUGCCUCUACCAUGGCUGGCAGUUGGACGGCCAGGGCAAGUGCGUCAAGAUCCCACAGGCUCAUCCCUGGACCAGAUGUUCAAGUACAGCCCCAUCCACCGCAUCGACCUGGAGUCAGUUUGA